CAGAAAUCCAAAUAAAUCCCAAACUCAAUCGCCAGCCUUUUUCCCUUUUCCCUUUCUUCUUUCUCCAGACACAUAUAGCAAACAAAUCGCAAUGAUUACCAAACUCACCGCCCCCUACAGCUUCCUCGACGACUACAGCGAGGGCGCCCACCCCCGGCUGCUGCAGUCGCUGCUGCGCACCAACACCAGCCAACAAACUGGCUAUGGCACCGAUGAAUACUCGCACGAGGCCCGCGAGCUGCUGCUCUCCCACAUGCAUGCCUCCGACGACGAGGUCGCCAUCCACUUCGUCCCCAGCGGUACUGCCGCCAACCUGAUCUCCAUCGCCAGCUGCCUGCGCCCCUACGAGGCCGUCCUGGCCGUCCAGACCGGCCACAUCCUCGACAAGGAGGCCGGGGCCAUCGAGGCCACCGGCCACAAGGUCAUCCCCGUGCCCGCCGUCCAGGGCAAGAUGACCCCCUCCAGUCUCGAGGCCGUCCUCGACCGCAACACCUUCUUCCCGCACAUGGCCAAGCCCCGGCUCGUCUACAUCUCCAACGCCACCGAGGUGGGCACGAUCUACUCGAGACGAGAACUCGCCGCCCUGUCCGAGACGUGUCGACGGCGGGAUCUCCUGAUGCUGGUCGAUGGCGCGCGGCUGGGCGUCGCGCUGAGCGCCGAGACCAAUGACCUGACGCUGCGGGAUCUGGUCGACAGCGCGGACAUCUUCUGGAUUGGCGGGACCAAGAUGGGGGCCUUGCUGGGCGAGGCCAUCGUGGUGCGGAAGAGCCUGGCCGAGGGCUUCGAGUUUCACAUCAAGCAGCGCGGGGCGUUGCUGGGGAAGUCGCGGGUGAUGGGCGUGCAGUUCGCCGAGCUGUUCCGCGACGGGCUGUGGUUCGAGCUGGCUCGCCAUGCCAAUGCCAUGGCCGCGCGCAUCUCCAAGCAGGUCGAGCGCAUCGGGUGGGGGCUGGCGGCGACGACGGAGACGAACCAGGUGUUUGUGGUGGUGCCCGAGGGGCUGGUUGGGAUCUUGGAGGAGCGCAUCCGCUUCUACGAGUGGGAGCACCGCGACGAUGGGGCGACGGUGAUUCGGCUGGUCACCUCCUGGGCGACGGAUGAGGUCGAAGUCAAGUGCAUCCACGAGGGCCGCCCGCCGUGUCGCCGCUGCCACCGACUGCAGCGCGACGAGUGUGUCUUGACCGACCCGCGCACUCGCCCUCGCACCCCGCGACGCCCAUCCCACGCCGCUGCAUCAUCUCCAUCUCUAUCCCGAUCCCGACCAUCCCGACCAUCGCCUAACCCCAUCACCCCCCUGCCCCCCGCCACCCUCAUCGCCGCCUGUGACGUCUACCGCAAGAAAUUCCCCGUCGUCAACUUCCUGCACUACCCCUCGCUGAUCGCCGACCUGUCCGACCCCCACCCCGUCGCCGUCGAGCCCGUCUUCCUCGCCGCGCUGCUGUCGCUGUGUGUGCGCUUCUUGGAUGAUCCCCUGCUGGCCCCGUCCGAGACCUACGCCGAGUAUGCCCGCGCCCAGCUGGCCCAUCGGGCUUUUGAGGCCCCGUCGCUCUAUCUGGCGCAGUCGCUGGUUAUGAUUGCGUUGUAUGAAUGGGGAUCUGGCAGGCCGUAUCGCGCUUGGAUGUAUAGUGGAAUGGCAACCUACAUGAUCCAAUCCCUCCUCAAAACCGCCGACGACACCAUGGAACAACCCCAACCCCUCGACCAAAUCACCUACGAGCAGCUCGUGCGCACCUACUGGUGCUGCUUUGCGCAAGACUGCGAGCUCAGCUCCGGCGCGCGCCAACACUUCGCCCUCUCCUUCCGCCACAUCUCCGUGCCUCUCCCCAGCAGCGACGCCGACUUCACCUUUGGCAAGGCCUCUCCGCGUCUGAUGCCCUCGGAUAUGAGUCGCGGCUCGCCGGUCGCGAGGAAUUUGACUAUCGAUCGCGGGCUGACGAUCGUGACUCGCGGGUUUGAUAUCUUUGUGAGGAUACUGAGGUUCGCGAACGAGAGUCGCCGGGGGAGAGCGAGUGCGAGAGGCCAGGGGGAGGGCGAGGAGCCUGCGUCCCUCAGGACGUGGGAGACGUUGAAGAGUGAGUUGGAUGAGUGGCGCGGGUUGCAGGAUGUUACUGUCCGCUAUCCGGAGACGAGUGCCCAGGCGCAUGUUGCGUUGGGGUAUGGCGAGUUGUUUGCCUAUAUUAAUCUGGUGUAUUUUAUGAGUAUCCUGUUCCUCCACCGCGACCGCUUCCUCUCCACCCCCAAAUCCGCCCCCGACGUCGCCGACGGAGAGGAAGACGCCAUGGACCACCUCUUCGCCAUGGCCCAGCACAUCGGCGCCAUCCUGGCCGCCCUCGAGGCCUCCGCCACCCCGGUCAUCACGCCCUACGCGGGGUUUAGUGUGUUCGUGGCCGCCCAUAUCAAUAUGUAUGGCACCGUCUGUCCGGCACGAUACCCCGGGGGGUUGGGCCGCGCGGAGUACGAGAAGAAGUUGAAUUUCGAGUAUCUAGAGCGGUUGUGUCGGUUUUGGGAUGUGGGGGAGAGUUGGUGGCGAACCCUCCAAGAAGCAAACCGCUUCUACGAAACCGCCCGCUCCACAGCCUCCCACGGCCCCUCCGCCGACCACCUCACCCUCGCCGGCACCCUCGACGAGUACGGCGACAUCCGCGUCUCGCGCCCGACCACCACCGCCGCCCUGGCGGAGGGAGACGCCGGGCUGCGUCGCGUGUCUGUGGCCGAGUUGACGGAGCCGCCGGAGCUGCAUCUGCAUGAUCUCGAGGCGGAGAUGUUGCAGUGGCCGUUUCUUGACCAGAACUGGUCGCUUGGGUUUGAUACGGGGUUUGAUGCUUGGCCGGGGGUUUGAGGGUGACAUUGUCUGGGUGGUGUUGGUAUUGGGGUUUGAAGAGGGAGCUUGCUGGGCAGGGGAUUGGGGUGAAGGGUGUUCCUGUCUAUCGAUGCGUUGCUUUGCUUUUAUGCCGAAGAU